AUGGAGUCAUCUACGCCUACUUUGAAUGUGGUGAUUGUGGGCGGGGGUAUUGCCGGGUUGACGCUUGCGCAUUGUCUGCUCAAGAAUGGCAUUAAUUUCGUGGUUCUUGAGUCUCGGGGGGAGGUUCAUGCUCAGGAUGGUGCUGCGCUUGGGAUGCUGCCUAAUGGAGCAAGGAUUCUUGAUCAGUUGGGGAUUUUCGAUGAUCUGAUUGAGGGGGUGCAGCCACUUCGGAAAUGCUAUUUUUGGUCUGAGGAUGGUGAGCUUAUUGCAGAAGAUGAUAGCCCUGUGGAAUUUGAGAAGAGGCAUGGUUAUUGCUCUGCUUUUAUGGAUCGCCAGCGCGUUCUGGAGAAGUUGUACAGUAAGCUUGGAGAUCAUCGGGACCGAGUCUUGGUUAAUAAAAAGACCAUCAACGUCGAGAAUCUUCCAGAUGGUAUCCGUAUUCACUGUGCAGAUGGAUCCGUGUAUGAAGGCGACCUGGUUGUAGGAGCCGAUGGCGUUCGAAGCAUCGUGAGACAGUCGAUGUGGAAGAGCAUGGAUGAACACGGUCUCCAAGCCGAAGUCGAAAAAGAGAAAACAACAAUGAUCUCCGAAUACAACUGCAUCUUUGGCAUAGCCCCCGCAACUCCAGGACUGAACCCAGGAGAAAUUCACCGAACCUACGGCCAAGGAUACUCUUUCCUCGCCGUUAUCGGUAAAGAAGGUCGGGUUUGGUGGUUCCUCUUCACGAAGAUGAGUCGGAAGUACAACGGGUCAGAAAUCCCGCGGUUCAAACAGAGUGAUAUGGACGAACAUGUUCUUCCAUAUUUAUCAACACCGGUAACUAGAUCUGUGCGUUUCUCGGAGAUCUAUGAGAGGGCAUUUUUCCGGAAUAUGCUUGCUUUGGAGGAGUCUUUGUAUAAGCAUUGGUUCUAUGGUCGUAUGGUUUGUAUUGGAGACUCGGUACAUAAGAUGACCCCAAACAUGGGCCAAGGAGCCAAUUCCGCCAUCGAAAAUUGUGCAAUGCUUGCUAACUAUCUUGCAAAAUUGACCAAGUCUCCUGCAUGCAAACCCGAAGACAUCCGUCGCUGUCUACAAGGCUGGCAGACAACCGUCCAGCCACGUAUUAGCGGAAUCUGGUAUUCAGCUUGUGAUUUGACACGCCUUGAGACAAAGGCAACACUCAAGCACAAGGUUUUGAUCUAUCUGCUUCCGUACUUGCUGGGUAUAUUCAUUAACAAAUCGUCUGCCCUUAUGAUUGGUGCGGCGAAGCUGGAUUGUUCGCCUCCUCCGGCUAGAUCACAACAGGGUACUGUUCCGUUCAAGGAUUUGACGCCAUCGGAAGAAAAAAGAGAUAGUGGAAGCAGGGGCAUAGUUCUGGGUGCUCUACUCGUCGGCUUUGUUGCCGUUGGCUGGAACUGGAGAAGGCUUCUAGUUUGA